AUGGCCUCCUCCUCCCCCUCUCUUCCCAUCCAAAGCCGGCGCCUCCUCAACCUCCCCGCAGAAAUCAUCCUCUCCAUCGCCGACACCCUCACAAUCCCCGACCUAAACCGCCUCCUGCGCUCGUGCCGCCAGCUGACAACCCUCCUCCAGCCCCGCCUCCACCGCCGCGCAGCAACAUACACCUUCGACGAACACGGGCGCAAAAAGUCGCCCUUGACCUGGGCAUCCGAGCACGGGCGCCUCACGACCGUCGCGAACCUCCUGGACGCAGGCGCAGACGUCACGGCGACGGUGGGCGGGUUCUCGGCGCUCUACCAGGCGCUUCGAGUGGGACAUACGGAUGUCGCGCGCGUGCUGAUUGAGGCGGGGGCCGAUCCGCUGCCGAGCACGAGUAACGGGGGCGUUCCGCUGUUGCUCGCGGCGCAGCAUGGCGAUGAGGAGCUUGUGCGUCUGCUGCUGGGCGUGACGCCGACGAGUACGGCGGUGGAGCGGGCGAAUUAUGAGCAUGCGGUGAGCCGGGCGAUUUACUACGGGCACAUCCGGCUGGUGCGGUUCAUGCUUGAUAAUGCGACUGGGUGGCUUGAUGUGGCGCGGAACGGGGACAUGAUAUACCAGGCGGCGAGCACGGGGGACUGCGAGAUGAUCCGGUUGCUAAUGGAUUACGGGGCGACGGUUGAGCCGUUGCAUCGGACGGCGAGGCAUCCGUUGGUAGUUGCUGCGCAGAACGGGCAUAAGGAGGCGGUGCAGUUGCUUAUGGCGCUGUCGAAGGAGAAAGUUGCGCCGAUGGAGCCUGUGGCCAAGGAGGAGAAGUCGCUUUCGGCGCGUCUUGUUGAGAGAUUUGGGGGUGAUGUCGCGCGGCCUACGAAGGAUGGGGUGACGCCGCUGCAGAUUGCGCUGCAGGAGUUUAGUCCGCCGGAUGUGAUUCACCAGCUGCUUGAUUUGGGGGCUGAGCCGAGUGUACAGGGCAGGGACGGGUCGACGGCGCUCCAUACGUUGGUCCGGUUGAAACGGCAUGAUCUUUUGGAGACUCUCAUCGACGGGGCUUCGCUUGCCGCUGCCGAUUACAAGGGGAACACCCCGUUGCUUCUGGCGGUGUCCGUGUUCAAUGUUUCGGCCACAUCGCUGUUCAUCGAGUGCGGAGCAAAUCUCUCAGCCAGGGACAACCACGGGCGGACGGCAUUGCACAUCGCGGCAACUCACUCUUCCGGCGUCAUUCUCUCUAUGCUGCUUAGAGCAAAGGCCGACAUCAGUGCGAGGGAUGACGCCGGUCGCAUUCCGCUCCACUAUGCCACCCUAGGACCUAACCUCCAGAUCUUCAAGGCGAUUCUAGCUGAGCACAUAUCUACCAAGGCAGAUUUUAUGGUCAGGUCGCAGACCGGUCGGACGGUGAUGGAUAUGGCCGUCGAAUGCGGGAAUAUGCACCUGCUAAACGAGCUAAUUUCCAAGGGAGUCGACGUCAACACGAACUGGGAGGGUUACUCACCACUCCAUGCGGCCGUCGCAAACAGACACCCCGAGGUAGUCCAGGUGCUUCUGUCCCGCGGCGCCGACCCUGUUCGACACGACUAUUACGGCCAGACACCGUUUGACCUCGCGGCUGGCGAUAGGUCCAUGCUGGACGGGCUAGCGCAAUGGUGCGAUGUCCCGUAUACACGGACAGACCGCGACACACGGCGCGCGAUGCUAAAAGAUAGCGCUGGCCGAUUCGCAGCAAGAAUAGCAAACGGGCAAACAGGCGACUUCUACAAGCUAGCCAAAUGUCUGGUGUAUCUGAAAGACGACGACGCAGCCCUCGCGGUAUUCAGGCAAGCGGCCAAGAUGAGGGUGUGCGAAGACGACCUCCGGUACCCCAUGAGCUGCGGCGGGUGCCGGAAACGCCUGAAGAGCGCCGGGUUGUCUGAAGCGCUUGUCCUAGUUUGUCGAAGAUGUCACGAUCUCGACUUCAGCGACCCCUCGCCGUUCUUGGGCUUCUACUCUACCGAUGCGGGCUUUUCAACCCCGUCCACGAAUUCCGAGAGCAGGAACGAUGAACUCUGGAUCGAGCAGGUGGAGCGGAUUAUUGUGAAGUACUGUUAA